AUGGCUGAUACUCAAGCAAAAACCAAUGAAACAGUACUUACACUUCAACGUCUUGCCAACUUAUUACGCAUACAUAGUAUUGAAUCAACUCAAGAAGCGAACUCUGGACAUCCGACAAGUUGUAGUUCAAUGGCUGAAAUAAUAACUGUUUUGUUCUUUAAUGUUAUGCGUUAUGAUGUUAAAGAGCCUCGUCAUCCAGCAAGUGAUCGAUUUGUGCUAUCAAAGGGUCAUUGUGCUCCAAUACUUUAUGCUGCAUGGGCCGAAGCUGGUGCAUUUCCAACAUCUGAUUUAAAAAAUUUAAGAAAAAUUGAUUCUGAUUUAGAAGGUCAUCCAACGCCACGUCUUAAUUUUAUUGAUGUUGCCACUGGUUCAUUAGGACAAGGAAUUGGUUUCGCCAGCGGUAUGGCGUAUGCUGGAAAAUAUUUGGAUAAGUCAGACUAUCGUGUUUAUUGUGUACUUGGUGAUGGCGAAUGUGCCGAGGGUUCAGUAUGGGAAGCAUUCUCAUUUGCCAGUUUUUAUAAAUUAGAUAAUUUGUGUGCUAUCAUUGAUAUUAAUCGUCUUGGCCAAAGUGAUCCUACACAGUUACAACAUGAUCUGGAAACGUACAGAAAACGAGCUGAUGCAUUUGGAUGGCAUCCUAUUGCUGUUGAUGGACAAAAUGUUGAUGAAUUGUUACAAGCAUUUAAAGAAGCUGCGGAAACGAAAAAUAGACCAACAUGCAUAUUAGCUAAGACAUUUAAAGGAAGUGGAUUGAAAGGUAUCGAGAAUGAAUUGGACUGGCAUGGUAAACCUCUCGGUGAUAAAGGAAAAGAUAUUGUUGAAAGUUUAAAGAAGUUAAUUAAUGGUGAUAUAAAACAUCCACAAUUGGCGAAAAUUACAGCUAAAGUUUCUGAGAUCAAAAAAGACAGCGAGAUUAAAUUAUCAUCGCCACCAAAUUAUGAUGGAAAGAAAGAAAUUGCAACACGAUUAGCUCAUGGUACAGCAUUGGAAAAAUUAGGCAAAAGUUGUAAAUAUGUUGUUGCACUUGAUGGUGAUACAAAAAAUUCAACGUAUUCACAAAAAUUUCGUGAUUCGUAUCCAGAUCGUUUUGUUGAAUGUUACAUUGCUGAACAAAAUAUGGUAGCUGUUGCCAUUGGUAUUGCUACACGUGAUCGUUACAUCUGUUUUGUUCACACAUUUGCUGCAUUUCUGACACGUACAUUUGAUCAAAUACGAAUGGGUGCCAUAUCAUUUACAAAGGUGAAAUUUGUUGGUUCACACGCUGGCAUAUCGAUCGGUGAAGAUGGUCCAUCACAAAUGGGUUUAGAAGAUUUUGCUAUGUUUCGAAGCGUACCACAAUGUGUUUGUUUUUAUCCAUCUGACCCUGUGUCUGCUGAGCGAGCCGUAGAAUUAGCUGCUAAUUAUGAUGGUAUGGUCUAUAUUCGAACAAGUCGACCAAAUACAGCGACUUUAUAUAAGAAUGAUGAACUAUUUCAAAUUGGAAAAGCGAAAAUUAUUAUUGAAAGUUCACAAGAUAUAUGCACAAUUAUCAGUGGUGGUGUGACAUUACACGAAGCUAUAAAAGCGUCAGAAAAAUUGAAGCAAGCUGGCAAAGUAGUUCGUGUUAUCGAUUUAUUUACUGUUAAACCUAUUGAUCGUGAUACAUUACUGGCAUCGGCUAAAGCGACACAUGGUAGAUUAAUUGUUGUUGAAGAUCAUUAUCCAGAAGGUGGUUUAGGUGAAGCUGUAAUGAGUGCAUUAUGCGGUGAAGAAGGUAUUAAAAUUGUUCAUUUAGCUGUUCGUGAAAUUGCACGUAGUGGAAAACCAGCUGAAUUAUUAAGUAAAUACGGUAUUGAUUCUGAACAUAUAACAAAAAAUAUGGCUGAUGAAGAUAUCAUUUUUGGUGGUACGUCCAAUGAUGAUUAUGGCAUGUCCGAAAUGUCAUUUGCAAAUGAAUACAAGAAGGAAUUAGAAGGAACUGAAAUGCAUCGUAUGAGACAACAACAAGAGCAAGAACAAUUACGCUUGUUAGAACAACAACAGCAGGAAGAAGUCGAACGAAUGCGCUCCCAAUAUACGAUUUUGUAUCCUUCAGAGAGGAGAGAAGAACAUUUGUAUGACAAGCCAAAAUAUUGUUGUGCCCAUCAUUAUGACGAUUAUGAUCCACAUAAUCAACAUAAACAAGCAACAACCGGAGCCCAUUCGCUGAAAGAGAAUCCAACGUCUUACAUUGUCCUUGGUAGUGAGCGAAUACGUCAGUUGACUGAUGUAUAUAGACGAGAUAAAAAUUUUGUAAAAGAUGAGCAAAUGAGAAUAAAAUCUGAUUAUCCAAAACAUUACAUAUUAAAACAUGAACAAAAUAAACCAAGGAAUAUAUACGAACACCAGAGAACACAGCCAGAACAGCAAAUGUGUGAUUUAAAAGUAAAAGAAACAAAUUAUGAUGUUUCAUGUAAUUGUCAAACACCACCGUUAUGUCGUCUAUUUCAAAAUCUGGUUGAUGUUUUAAAACAGAGUAUAGAAUUUUUUCUAUUUAUUGGUUACGUUGUCAGACGACGAAAUGAAUUGUUGUAUCCUUAUUAUCCAUUUGACAAACAGCCAAAAUAUGUGAAUGAUCAUCCAACAUUUUUAUCGAAAACUUAUCCAUUUGUACGGAAGCCAAAUGAUUGUGAAUUACAAAAAAUAAAACCGUUUAGGGAUAAUGUAUCAUCUUAUAUAAAAAAUCCACCAAAACAUGUUGUUAACGAUACAUGUUAUGUCAUUCAUUGA